AUGAGGUUACGCAGGCAAUUUGGCGCUAAGGGGUGCCACUGCCGCAAGCAAGGGCGGCAAGCUGCAUCGAACGGGAAAGAUUCUGCUGCUACCUACCCUGGAGGCUGCAUUCUGCUGCCAUUCAUUGUUCAAGUGAUGAUGACGAUAUUUUGGUGGCUGCACGGAGAGAGAGAGAGGCCUGGCAUACCCAUGGUUGAGUCGAGUCUAAAUAAUGCAUCCCGGACCGUCACCUCAUGCUCAGACGGAACGCCAGGCACAGAGUUCCUGAAAUGUGGGCACAGCGACAUCGUUCACCCGACAUCUCUGGGCAUCCUCGGAAGCCAGGUGCGUAUGAUUUUCGAAAUGUCAGUGCCACGUCGAUUAAGAAGCCAAUUUGCAGGAAAUAUGAUGGUGAUAGCUGUCCUGACUCGGUGGAACCCUGAUCGUCACAGAGUCGAACGGUCCCGCAGAAAGCCCUUCUUAUCGGCGCUAACGUAUGUGGGAAGUGUAAGCAGUGGCUUCAUACAUGUAAGAAGUCUACAGAGGGUUCGCAUCACGAAGGUGGUCCAGAAUCCCUUGGUCGCUCAUCCGCCAUGGGCCAGAGCAUCAUAUGAUAGAUUUUCGUCAUAUAGCUCCUGCAUCUCGCGACUUGGGACGUCUCUGGCCAGGCCAUCACUACUCGGUAGCCGAGUGUCCAGAAUUCGCAGCAGGCUGAAGCAGUCGGCAACUGCAAUUCGUGUACGAAAGGUGGAGCCUUCAGCGUUCGAGAGGAACAGGUGUUCAGGCCUGGAGAAGGAUGUUCUCCCGCUCGCGGGAAUCAUCGAGACACGUUCUGAGCCAUCGAUUCUGGGUGCGCGAAGAGUCUACAAGGGGAAUCGUAUCCAUGAAGUGCUGGUACAGUGCGCCCGGUAUCAGGACCUGUGUUGUCACUCGCCUCGCCUUGUCUUCCAUCUUGUGGUGACAAACUCCAUGCAAUACAGGGUUUUGGCGUGGUCGCGGUAUGUGCUGUGGCUUCGACGGCAUCGAGUCCAAAUCAGUACGGAGCAUCAUAUGGAAUUUGGAAGUGAGAGUCGAGAGGAGGAAGAGAAGACACACGGUCGGCGUAGACGUUCGCCGCGCGGUGAUGUAGCGCUGAAGAUACGUGGGACUUUUUGGAUUCGCCUUCCUCCUUCCUCUUCCGCUUCUCGACCGCCAUCAUGUAUGCUGCCAGCGCGACUCGGUAACUGCAGAAAUAUAGCGCUGACUAUGGCACGCAGGGCGAAAGCGCUCGUCGAUAACCCGACGAUCAAAUCGGCGUCACUACAUAAUCCCAUACCCUUCUUCUUCCACGCUUACAUCUGGCCUUUCGCCAUCCUCUGGCCCAUUUUCUUCAGCUUCUAUCUCUCUCAAGAGAGCUACGAUCAGUAUAUUCAGGGUCAAGAAUGGACAUUCGUCUUCUCGGGUAGUAUUUUCUGCCUGCAGUCGCUGAUAUGGUUGAUGACAUUCUGGAACGUCAACAUUCGCGCCUGGUUCACUGCGACUUCUGCAAAGAGCGUGCGAGACGCUGGCUUGAUCAAGGUCAUACCCGAGGAAAAUGCUGGUGCCAGUGAGAUUUGUACGAUUGAGAAGGAGCGAGUCUCAGGCAGGGAGAAUAUCAGCUUUUUGUUCCAGAAGAGACGAUUCCUAUACGAUGAACAGAAGGGAACUUUCGCGCCGCUGUCAUAUGGUAUCGAUCAAGACCCGAAGCCAACGAUCGGCACAUAUCAGCAAUCAAAAGGCCUCGAGAAGGCCGACGAAAUCGAAAGAUUGCAACAGUACUACGGCAAGAACGUCUUCGAUAUCCCAGUGCCAACAUUCACCGAACUCUUCAAAGAGCAUGCCGUUGCGCCCUUCUUCGUCUUCCAGAUAUUCUGUGUGGGGUUGUGGAUGCUGGACGAGUACUGGUACUACAGCUUGUUCACGCUUUUCAUGCUGGUGGUCUUCGAAAGCACUGUGGUCUGGCAACGGCAGCGGACUUUGACCGAAUUUCGUGGCAUGAGCAUUAAGCCAUACGAUGUUUGGGUGUACAGGCAAAAGAAAUGGAUUGAAGCCAAGAGCGACGAAUUGCUCCCGGGUGACCUGGUGUCUGUAAGCCGGACAAAAGAGGACAGCGGUGUUGCUUGCGAUAUGCUCCUCGUCGAGGGCAGCGCGAUUGUCAACGAAGCCAUGCUUUCGGGCGAGAGUACACCUGUUUUGAAGGACUCAAUUCAGCUCCGGCCUUCGGAUGCCAGAUUAGAACCUGAAGGCCUGGACAAGAAUGCCUUCCUUUGGGGUGGUACAAAGGUUCUGCAAGUCCAACACGGCACCGCUUCAUCAGAUGCACUAGAGACCGUGCCCCAGGUUCUUUCUGGAAUACCUCCAGCUCCAGACAAAGGCGCGUUGGCCAUCGUUAUCAAGACUGGAUUCGAGACCAACCAAGGUGCCCUCGUCCGUACCAUGAUAUACUCCACUGAGCGUGUCAGCGCCAAUAAUGUCGAGGCCCUACUAUUCAUCUUAUUCUUGACUGUCUUCGCCAUUGUCGCAUCGUGGUAUGUCUGGGAAGAAGGUGUCAAGCAAGAUCGCAAGAGAUCAAAACUCCUCCUGGAUUGUGUACUCAUCAUCACGUCUGUCGUCCCUCCGGAGCUGCCCAUGGAGCUGAGUCUGGCUGUAAACACUAGUCUGGCAGCAUUGAGCAAGUACGCCAUCUUUUGCACCGAACCAUUCCGGAUACCUUUUGCUGGCCGCGUGGACGUAGCUUGUUUUGACAAGACGGGCACUCUUACAGGCGAGGACUUGGUUGUCGAGGGUAUCGCCGGCCUCUUUCUUCGAGAGAAAGAUGCCAGGGUUAAGACAGAAGCAGAUGGUGCGCACAGCCAGCUCACGAAGAUCACUGACACGGCUUUGGAGACUACCUUGACAUUGGCCACCGCUCAUGCGCUUGUGAAGCUGGAAGAGGGCGAUGUUGUAGGAGAACCCAUGGAGAAGGCCACACUCCAGUCUCUUGGCUGGACUCUUGGCAAGAACGAUACUCUCGCUGCAAAAGUUGGCACACACAAGAGAGGUGCUUCUGCAUCAGACAUUGUUCAAAUCCGUCGCCGAUUCCAAUUCUCGUCUGCUUUGAAGAGGCAGAGCACCGUCGCCACUGCUAUCACGACCGAUCGCCAGACCGGUCAAAAGAAGAAAGGCACAUUCGUUGGUGUCAAAGGCGCCCCAGAAACAAUUCGUAAAAUGCUUGUUGAUGUGCCGCCCAAGUACGAGGAGACUUUCAAGUACUUCAGUAGAAAUGGCGCACGUGUUCUCGCUCUCGGCUACAAGUGGAUUUCCACGACUGACGAGAUUCCGCAAAAGAGAGUCAACGACCUGAAGCGAGAAGAGGUGGAAAGCGAGUUGCAUUUCUCAGGCUUUUUGGUGCUUCAGUGCCCGCUCAAGGAAGAUGCAAUCAAAGCUGUGCGCAUGCUCAAUGAGAGCAGUCAUCGCGUGGUCAUGAUCACUGGAGAUAAUCCUCUGACUGCUGUACACGUUGCACGCCAGGUGGAAAUCGUCGACCGCGAUGUCUUGAUUUUGGACGCUCCUGAGAACGACGACAGUGGGGAGAAGCUUGUGUGGAGGAGCGUUGAUGAUAAAGUUAACAUUCCUGUCGAUACGAGCAAGCCUCUCGACCCAGAGAUCAUCAAGAACAAGGAUCUUUGCGUGACCGGCUACGGCCUGUCCAAGUUCAAGGACUCUGCAGCUCUACCUUCACUGCUUCGUUAUACAUGGGUGUAUGCUCGUGUCUCGCCGAAGCAGAAGGAAGAGAUUCUUUUGGGACUCAAGGACCAAGGUUACACCACGCUCAUGGCAGGAGAUGGCACGAAUGAUGUUGGUGCUCUCAAGCAAGCGCACGUUGGUGUGGCUCUUCUGAACGGCAGCAAGGAGGACAUGGACAAAAUCGCCAAGAACUUCCGCGAGACUAAGAUGAAGGAGCUAUAUGAGAAGCAGAAAGCCAUGAUGAAUCGCUUCAACCAGCCCGACCCACCUGUGCCGCCAGCCAUUGCUCAUCUCUAUCCUCCCGGACCAAAGAAUCCUCACUAUGAGAAGGCAAUGGAACGCGAGAAUUCUGCAAAGGCGCAGCUUGAAGCUCAAAAGGCAGCAGCUGAAGACGGGUCUGCCAAUGGCGAUGUCGGCAAGUACACUCCACCUCCACAAGCCGUGCAAGAAAUUGCACGAUCUAACGGACCAAAAUCACCGCAAGAACAGAAGAAGGAGCGCGCACAGAAUGCUGCCAGCCAGAUGGCAGAGAAGUUGUCUAUGUCGAUGCUUGAGGACGAGCUGAACGCCGACGAGCCACCUACCAUCAAGCUCGGUGACGCCUCCGUCGCCGCGCCAUUCACCAGCAAACUCGCCAAUGUCGUUGCUAUUCCCAAUAUCAUCCGACAAGGCCGCUGCACACUCGUGGCGACUAUCCAGAUGUACAAGAUCUUGGCCCUGAACUGUUUGAUCAGUGCUUACAGCUUGUCCGUGCUCUAUCUCGACGGCAUUAAGUUCGGAGAUGGUCAAGUCACCAUCAGUGGUAUGCUCAUGAGCGUGUGCUUCUUGAGCAUCUCACGCGCCAAGUCUGUCGAGCAGCUUUCAAAAGAGCGACCGCAGAGCAACAUCUGGAACUGGUACAUCAUUCCAUCCGUGCUCGCGCAGUUCGCAGUACACAUUGUGACGCUGGUCUACAUCUCUAACGUCGUGCACCGCUUCGAGCCGAAGAAGGAUCGCAGUCAGGUCGAUCUCGAGGGCGACUUCGAACCGUCUCUCCUCAACUCUGCCAUCUACCUCCUUCAGCUCAUCCAACAGAUCUCCACAUUCGCCAUCAACUACCAAGGCCGUCCGUUCCGAGAGUCGAUCAAGGAGAACAAGGGCAUGUACUGGGGCAUCGUCCUUGUUUCUGCUGUCGCGUUCUCCUGCGCGACAGAAUUCGUACCUGAGAUCAACGAGAAGCUGAAGCUGACACCUUUCACCCUGGAAUUCAAGGUGCAAAUGGUAUCUGUCAUGAUUGUUGACUACAUUGGAUGCUGGACUGUGGAGAAAGUCCUCAAAGCGUUGUUUAGUGACAUCAAGGCCAAGGACAUCGCCGUUCGAAGACCAGAUCAGCUUGAGCGAGAGGAGAAGCGACGACAGGCUGAGAAAGAAGCAGAGGACAGAAAGAAGGAGAUUGAAGCCGGGAAGGCGUAAAUCACUAUUAGAUCACCUGCAUCAGAAAGCUGUACAGAAGGUACUCUGCGCCUACGUGCGCCAGCCACGUAUUCUGAGUUGUGUUUCACGAUC